UAAAGAAUCAAAUAAUUAUGGACAUGGAUUUGCUCAGUUUUACGUGUAUUAGACCUCAUACUUUUUUUUCUAAAACUUAUUAUUUGAAAGUGAUGGAUGAUGAAGUUUUAAUAUCAGCUGUAACCUUAUGAUUCUAAUAUUCAGUUUAGCAAUUAUUAGAACCCGAAAUACCGCAUAGAACUUAAAUUAACAACAUAAAUUUUAUGGAAAAUGGGAAAGCAAUCAUUAAAAGCAUUUGGAAUAGUUUACCAGAAUAAAAUUAAAUAUUUUGAAGCAUCUCAAAUGCAUCUUGAAUCUUUGAAAAAUACUAUUGGUGGUAGGGUGAUUUACAGAAACAUGGCUUCAUUUUAUGAACCAGUUAAAUUGAUAGGAGAAGGAUUGUCAGCCAAAGUAAAAUAAUUUAUUAAAUUAGGUAUUUUAAAGCAUUGAUAAGAAAAGUAAAAAUGCAGUAGCUGUAAAAAUGAUAAAACAGGAGUUUGGAAGGGAAGACCAAGCAUUGGUAUAUAAAUAAAUUUAAUUUCCUUUUAAGGACAUUGUCAAAACGGAAGUGUCAAUCUUAAAGUAGUUAAACCAUCAGAACAUAAUAAAGGUACUCGAAGUCUAUGAGAACGAUUAGACAUUUUGGAUAGUCCAAGAAUUUGUAGCAGGGACUCCACUGAGUGAGACCCUGAAACAAAAGCUUCCUAGCGAUCAGAUUAAAACCAUAAUGAUUGUAUAAUUAGAUAAUAAAGUGAUAGGGUCUCUUGAACACAAUAAGUUACUUACAAUCUCAAAAAAUAGUCCAUAGAGACAUCAAGCCAGAGAAUAUCAUAAUAUAGAAAGACAAUUCUAUAAAAGUGAUAGAUUUUGGAUUCGCAGCAAAUCUGAAGUUCGGGUCAGUCAGUAGUGUUUGUGGAACUCCAGGAUAUUAUGCACCUGAGGUGUUGAGACAGAAAGAAUCCAGCUACAAUUCAGACAUGUUUAGUGUAGGGGUUGUUCUAUUUAAUUUGUAAGGAAUUCCUAAAAAAUUAUUAGAAUAACAAAUCAACCGAUGCUUAAAUCUAAGAUGUACAAUGCAUAACAAUAUGUGCCAGAUGAAGAGGCAGCGGAUCUUCUCAAGAGGAUGUUGGAAGUGGAUCCGACCAAGAGAAUUACGGCCACACAAGCCUUGGAACAUCCUUAUUUCAAGGACAAGAUGGAGAAAACUAGUUAUGAGAAGUAGGAUAGUCAUUACCCUUCAGAAAAUAAAAUUAUAUAAUAAUAAUAGUAGUUAAAUAAUCAAUAAUAUCAGCAGAAGAAAAGCAAUAAGAGCCUGGAUGCUAAAACUACGAAUGUUAUUGACUAAUGA